GCCUUUGAAAACACAAUCCAACAUGGCGGUGUGUAUCGCUGUCAUCGCUAAAGAGAAUUAUCCUCUGUACAUCCGAAGUGUACCCACACAAAAUGAGCUGAAAUUCCAUUAUACAGUCCAUACAUCGCUAGAUGUUGUAGAAGAGAAGAUUUCUGCAGUCGGCAAAGCUAUGGCCGACCAGAGAGAGCUGUAUCUUGGUCUACUGUACCCAACUGAGGACUACAAAGUAUAUGGCUACGUGACAAACUCCAAGGUAAAGUUUGUAAUUGUUGUGGACUCGUCCAACACGUCUCUACGGGACAAUGAGAUAAGAAGUAUGUUCAGAAAGCUACACAAUUCAUUUACCGAUGUGAUGUGCAACCCAUUCUACAAUCCAGGAGACACCAUUCAGUCCAAGGCCUUUGAUGGCAUGGUUUCUGCAAUGAUGGUGCAAGCUAGCUGAUAUCCUUAUCCUGAACAUGUGUACAUAAUUUCCUGAAACCCUUCAUACGCCCUUUGUUUAUAAUGUAGGUUGUGGCUGCAGAUCCAGCCUUUUCAGGAUCUUUAAGCCAUCGAGUUCUUUUGGAAGAUUUCAAUGAUCUGGUAUACUUCAACAUUAAGUAUUGUACAUAAGCCUAACAGAACCAAACAAUUGCGUUGUAUAAUUUUACUGCAUGACAAAAGCUUUUUUGUUCUCAUUUUACUGCCAUGACAUCCAUGCAACUUCAUACAUAGUAGCCUAACUAUUUUGUCAAUAAUGUCCUAUUCAUGGACAUAAGCAUUUUGACAUUCAGUUGUUUCAAAUUUGAGGAGUUGUUUUGAAUUAAUGUAAUAACAUUUUCCAGUACCUGCCAUUGGAAUCUCCAGAAAACAUUGGUUCAGUAAUCACUCCAUGGAAAUGUGAAAUAAACUAUGGUGUCCAUCAGAACCUUGAGCAAUGUUUC